AUGGACGUGGAAGCAGCGCGCAAGGACUUGACGACGCCGCCAACACGCGGCGGCAAGGUGAUGCACCGCCUCCUGGUGGCGCUCAACUGCGGGAUGCUGGCACUGGGCACCACGGCGGGGCCGCUCCUCACCCGCCUCUACUACGACAAGGGCGGCCAACGGGAGUGGCUGUCCGCGUGCCUCCAGUCCGUAGGCUGGCCACUGCUGCUGAUCCCCGUGGCGGCUUCCUACGCCGCGCGCCGCGCGCGCGACCCGCGGGGCGCCCCCGUCCUGCUCACCCCGCCACGCGUGCUGCUGGCCGCCGCGGGCCUCGGCGUCGCCACGGGCGCCGACAACUACAUCUACGCGUACAGCCUCCGGUACCUUCCCGUCUCCACCUCCGCGAUACUCAUCUCGACGCAGCUCGCCUUCACGGUGUUCUUCGCGUUCCUCAUCGUGCGGCAGCGGCUGACGCCCGCCACGGUGAACGCCGUCGCGCUGCUGACGGUGGGCGCCGCCGUGCUGGGCCUCCACGUCUCGUCCGACCGCCCCGCGGGGGUCGCCCGAGGGAAGUACUUGCUGGGCUUCGCGCUGGCCCUCGGCGCCGCGGCGCUCUACGGGCUCAUCCUGCCGCUGGUCGAGCUCGCGUACAGGCGCGCGGCGGCAGGCGGCGGCCGCGCGGUGACGUACGCGCUGGUGAUGGAGAUGCAGCUGGUGAUGGGCUUCUUCGCCACCGCAUUCUGCACCGUCGGUAUGAUCGUCGACAAGGACUUCCAGGUGCGUGCAAACAUUUCACAUGUCGCCUACGUACGUGCCACUUCUAAGUUCUAA